AUUAAACAUUUUGCUAUACUCCACAGAAUCCAUAUUGGAUGUUUACACCUUUUAUUUAUUACAUUAUCAAUUUAAUACAUGUUUUUAUAAUGUACUUGAAUUAUAACUUUAAACUCACUGAUAACAAUGCUCAGUAUUAAAGAUAACUUGUAUAACUAGUGGAACAUAUUUCACAGACAAGGAACUUAUUUCACCAGUGAAAUGCCAACACGUUUCCAUCUUAUUUAAACAGUAUUGUCAUAGAGAAAUAUAAACACACGUGUUAGUAUUCUAACGAUGUAUACUAUGUUCUGUCCACGUAGAUACACAAGAGUAAAGUUCAUCGUUACAUGUACAAUUUUGUUUGUAUUUAUAUUCGUAAAUUUUAAUUAUUAUACUAUUGAUUCUGGAAUAUCAAACAUUUCAAAAAGUCGAAAGACGGAACAGGGUAACGAUGAUAAAAAAACUAUACAUACCAAAGGACAUUUUAAAAGUAUCAACAUAGGAAAUACAUUUUCCAUAAAAACAACGAAUGAAUCAUUGUUUAUCAGUCACGAGGACAUUGAAAAAAAUAAGGCUCCUGGGAAAGGUGUCGAUUGUCCUGGGUUUUAUCCUUACCAAACUAUAAAAUCAAACGAUAUAAUAUUGCGUGAAUACCAAGAGUUUCCGAAUUGGAUGCAAUUUCAACAAAAUAGGGAAGUGGAAGGUGUCAACUGUAAUUUUCUUUUUAAUGGUAAUACAACCGAACAAAAAAGAAUCUUAAGAUCGAUGCUUAAAACACAGUUUGUGGUAGUCCCCCCUUCAUCAUAUUUAAACAGAACUACAGACUGUCAGCAAUAUAUAAAGGAGACUGGUUUUAUAACAUCAUCUUUGACAGAAGAAGAAGAAAACUUCCCUAUAGCAUAUAGUAUAGUUGUAUAUAAACAUAUAGAACAAGUUGAAAGAUUGUUAAGGUCAAUUUAUCGUCCACAAAACGUUUACUGUAUACACUGUGAUAAAAAGGCAGACAGUACUUUCAAACAGGCACUUAAAGGAAUAACAAGUUGCUUUGACAAUGUGUUUAUGUCAACCAGAUCAAUCAGUGUAACAUGGGGAGACACUAGUUGUUUAACACCUGACAUGGAGUGCAUGAAAGAUCUUUGGAGACAUAAAAAAUGGAAAUAUUUUAUAAAUUUAACAGGUCAAGAAUUUCCAUUACGAACAAAUCUAGAAUUAGUGAGAAUAUUGAAGACUUACAAUGGUGCUAAUAAUCUUGAAGGAACAUUUAAAAGAGCCCAUACAAGAAGGUGGGAAGGUCUACCGCCACCUCCUCAUGGAAUUCGUCCUAUACAUGGAUCAUUGCAUAUUGUUGUCAACAGGAAAUUCGUAGAAUAUAUUCUCUUUAACAAAGUAGCUAAAGAUUUUUUUAACUGGACUAAAAAUACUAAACAUGCCUCAGAAACAUUUUUCAAUACACUUAAUUAUAAUCCGCAACUUAACAUAUCUGGAUCGUACAAAGGUGUUCCGGAAACAGACUGCACAUCAAAUCCAUUUCUGACAAGAUUUAAAAACUGGGGACCUUCAUCUCUUUUUUUCAACUGGCCCUGUCACGGCAAAAUUGUGAGACAGAUAUGUAUAUUUGGAGUAGGAGAUCUGCCGUUAUUAGCAAAAAGACCAGAAAUGUUUGCAAACAAAUUCCACCUUAAUUAUCAGCCAUACACUCUCAAAUGUUUGGACCAGCUGAUGUUUAAUCGAACAAGAGACGAAUAUUUCAAUGGCUUUAAACUUGACAUUGCUAAGUAUCAGUCAUUAGCAUUUAUUAAAAAUGCCAUCUAAACCUCAA